AUGCACCGAUUUUCACAAUAUUUUUUAGUAAUUUUAGGAUUCUAUGGAUUCUUUUUACUGGUUAGAUUCUAUUUUUCGGAUGACUAUACAGACUGGAUAGAGUCGGAUCAGGAUGACAUCGAUUUGAAAAGCGUGACAAUGAGAGCUGAUAAAAUGGAAAUUUUUAACAGUUGGCAUCAGUGUUUUUCGGAAAAUAUGAUGAGUAUUACAGAUGCCGAAGAGUUCUGGACAAAUUUCGUGGGUAUCUCUCGAAAAUGCGAUGCCCAGGCCAAUGUUCACCAGCUUGGAAUCGUCACGUUGAGAAAUUCAGAUGAGAUGAAACAGGUUCUAUUCCCGAAAAUUUUCAACGCCGGACCACACAACUUCUUCACAAUUGGAAUCGGAAGAGAUAUUCGAGCGGAGAAGCAAUUUAGAAGAAAAAUGCUGAAACUCGGAAACAAUGUCACCUAUUAUGGUGCUGACCCAAUUCCAUAUAUAAAUGGAGAAUUAUAUUCUCAAAUUGGAACAUAUUUCCCAUUGGCAAUCGGCGGGAAGAGCGGGAUUUCAAACGCGCGGGUUAUGGAAAAAUACGGCUACAUUGAAACCAGCAUGAUUCACAUCGACAUUAUCUACUUCUUCAAAGAAAUUCUGAAUAUUACGACUCUCCUAUAUUUUUCACAUUUUCAGACAAUCGAUAAUCUAUGGUUUGAUGCAGAAGGUGAAGAGUUUGGAAACGAUUUUUUCGAUAUUUUCUAUCAAAAUGGAAGAUUCGAUCAAAAUAAAAUCGAUGUUUGUCAGAUUAACAUUGAGAUUCAUUUAACAUCAGAUGUGCCAAAUCGAAAACGAGAAUUCAUGAAAUUUUUGAAGCGAAUCAUUCAAGAAAAACGAUAUGGAGUGUAUUUUGGAGAUGCCUAUGGACAUAUCAGGAUGUUUAUGUUCAAUUAUGGAAGCCCAUAUUGUGUGGAAAAAUUCUGA